AUGAUAUUUCCAACUGAGCCUUACAUUAAGAAGAAGUUCUUCUACAAGAAUAUGUUGGCAGACAACUCUAAGAUAGACUUCCUUAAUUAAUAUAAGGUUUUAUAGUAAAUGAAAGACAAUCAUAGUAGUAAAAAUAAACAACACAUUCACACAUAGGGUACACAGGUAAGUCUAUACAAGCCGAUGUUUAGUAUUCAUUCACCACAAUCAUCGCAAACAAUAAAUAAAUCAGAAAGACCAGGAUUUAGUUCAGUUAGGCGAUUUCAUACUCACAAUUCUUAAUAAACUAUCUUAAGCAAACCUGUCCUUGAAACUCCUUAAAUCGAAAGCAGAAAAGAAAGGAGAGCCCCGUUACAUAAGAGAAAACUUGUAUUGAAAUAAACAUCCUUGGAUAUUAUAGAAUACUUGGAAUUUUUGAAGUGUCAAAAGAAAUCUAACAAUUCUAUAAAAUAUUCAGAUUUACUCAAAGAAGACGGUCAGAUUAUCACAAUGAAUUAAUAGAAAUAAUAAAAUUAUAGGAAACAAAAGGAAGAAUAGAGGAAUUAUUUGCAAUUAUUAUAUUAAUGCACAAAUCUAGUUUCUCGUAUUUAAGAUGGUAAUAAGUUCUAGGAUAUUGUUAAUUCGUGUACUCAUCAAUAUCCUAAUCUAAAACAUACGAUCGACUAGUUGAUGCAAGAUAUCGAAGUUGCUUCACAGAUCUAUACAAGUCUAACUUAAUUAGGAGCCAUUCUUGGUAGAAUUGCUGGAGUCGACCAUAAAAUAUUUUAUUUGAUGUUUAGACCUAGAGGUGAAUAUCCAGAAUCAAAUUAAUAUUAUUCUGUUGAUGAAGAUCUCUGCAGAAACUAUAAAUUUAUAAAACCAACCAAAUACGAUAUUUAUUAUAGAAUUUUCGGGGCAGGUGAUUUACCUGUCGAAUUUUAGGAUUAAUUAGGUGAAUCUGCUCCUUAAAUUAAAAGGCAUAAAAUAAGGCAUUCUGAAUAUUAAUAUGCUUAAUUAAAUUAAGAAGCUCUUCCUUCUAUUGAUUAUGAUUUUGUUAAGAAGAUAUCUUACUAUCAAAAGAAUUUGUAACUAUUCUUAAAGCAGAAAUCAGGGGAUAUCUUAACUAAUAUCAGAUAAUCUAUGAUGGAUGAAGAAAUUAAAAAUAGCACUCUACUUAGAAAUACCAUACUUUCGAAAUUAAUAGAUUCUGAAAAUUAAAUUGGCCAUUUCCCAUUAGUAACUAGAUAAAAUAGAUAUUUAUUCGAAAAGUUUGAAUACGAUCAAAGAAUUCUUAAUAAAUAAAAAAACUGAAAGACUUUCAAUAAAUUUAGGUUGAUUAUUUAUAUUAUAAAAUAUAGUUAUAAUAAAAUUAAUGAA